AUGGCUUUCCUUAAGAAACUCCGUUUCCGUAGAUCAUCAGAUAAACGUGGCUACUCAGUCGAUGGCAGAUUUUCGGAACGCUUCUCCAAGCCCGACGUCGUGGUGAAGCCAAGUAUUUUUUUUGAAGAAGCUGCUAAAAAUUUUGAAAGGAAGCUCAAACGAAGUGAAAAAGACACAGAAAACGAAAACAUUCGCGAAAAUGUUGGCGAUCGAAGUGUCACGUUGGGUUCUGCUGAUUUGAUCCAUUCAAGUACAGACGAUGGUUUAUUUUCGUCAAUUUUGUUGGCUUAUAAUAAUCAUUGGAAACUGCGAACGUCUCCCGAAGAUUGGUGGUUUGUUAUCAUCAGAAGCAUCGCCAUCGCCAUUGACAAACAUUCAAAAGAUGAAAAAAUACGGAAGAUGUUUGUUAAACACGAAGGCAAGAAAGCAUUGAAUGUAGAAAUGGAUUCUUAUAAUAUCUAUGAUGUAAACUACUCUUCAUUUUUUGAUGCCAUGUCACAUAAAAUAUCAAAGAAUGUCAAAGUUCCUGGUUAUGUUGAUCUGAUAACUGCUGAUUUCUCAUCAAGCACACCAGUGCAAAAGAUUGUAUCACAAAUCGCUUUGAUGUCUUCAUUACAGGAGUUCUUUAAAUACAGCAUGGGUAUGAGGUGUGGAAUUCCAGCUGUUGAAAUGCUUGGCACUGAGGAAGAUUGGAGGAAACUUAUUGAAAAACUAGAUGCACUCAAUCUUCUUAAACCGAUUGAGCAUCUGUUGUAUUUACCACCAGAUUGGUGGAAACUGGCAGAAAAUGUAUUUCAAAUGCUUGCAACUUACUGUGGUGAACCUGAUUGCGAGUGGUGGUCAACAAUUGUCACCAGAGAACAAUUUGGUUCAGGAGAUCUGUGCUACACAGGAUGGAUCAAAAAGUUGAGUAAUUUUGAAAGUGGACUUGUCACGGCACCGCUAACUCUUUCACAUCCCUCAGGUUUAGCUGAUAAGGCUGCGUUAGUUGCUGGAUGUCUGGGUUAUAAGCUUCACGAGAAUGAUGACAACAUACCAUCUGUACAGCCUUAUCAAGGAUGGUGUCUUAUGUUGCCAAAGAAUUCACCAUUUCGAGUCGAACACCAAUGAUUGAGCGAUUUUAAACAAUCUUGCUACGUUUUGAGACAAAAUAAAUAAUCACUACUCUCUACUUAAUAUAGACAGCAAAAUGUAUGAAAAAAAACUGAUGUUAUUUAGUCGUUCUACCUACGUAAAA